AUUCCAAAAUAUUAAAAUGAAAUUUUUCAUUAAAUAGAUAUCUAAAUCCAAGUUUAGGUGUAGGAUUAAAUAUAUAAAUUCAACAUAAAUUAGUAGCAAUAAUGAUCAUUAAAGGAUUAGACUCUUGGGUCUCAUUCAACCCAAUGGCUAGCCUGAUAUCCAUCACAAGUCCUCUAGUUUCUCUAGUCUGAUACAUUAUAAUUCUAAUUUUAUUUAAAUUAAAAAAAUAUCGAAACGAAGACCAUAAAAUAAGAUAUUUUAAGUAAUCUUUUUAUCGAGCAAGAUUAUAUUCAAAUUGAAGCAUUUGUUAGUUUAAACUUUAAAGUGACUCUCGACCAUGCAUUCUUCCACAGUUGUGCUAUUUAUGCGGAUUCUUCCACAAUCAGUUUUAGAAGACGAGGAAGAGCGUGGCGUUGCUCAUAUAGUAGAACAUCUUGCUUUUAACGCCACUAGGGACAUCGUUCAGUUUCUUGAAUGUAUCGGGGCUGAGUUUGGUGCUUGCCGGAAUGCAUACACAUCUUUUGACGAAACUGUAUAUGAGCUAUUUGUUCCAAUAGACAAACCGGAAUUAUUAUCCCAAGCAAUUUCCAUAUUGGGAGAGUUCAGCUCAGAGGUCCGAAGAUGACUUGGAAAAGGAUAGAGGGGCUGUAAUGGAAGAGUGUCGGGAAGAUAGGAAUGCCGAUGGACGCAUAGAGGAUGCACACUGGGUUCUGAUGAUGGAAGGUUCAAAGGCUGCCCAUUAGAGUAGAAAAGGUGAUGAAGACGGUUUCUCCUCAGAUUGUGAAACAUUUCUAUGAAAAGUGGUAUCAACUGCAGAAUAUGGCUGUUAUAGCUGUUGGAGAUUUUCCUGACACGCAGAGUGUUGUUGAUUUGAUAAAGACUCACUUUGGAUAUAAAGCUUCUCCGCCUGACCUGCCUCCUUUACCAUACUAUCCUGUUCCGUUACAUGAAGAAACAAGGUUUUCAUGUUUUGUGGAACCUGAGGCUGAUGGGUCUGCUGUGAUGAUCAGCUGCAAAAUGCCUGCCGAUGAGCUUAAAACAGUGAAAGACUAUCGUGAUUUGCUUGCAGAGUCCAUGUUUUUUCCUGCCUUGAAUAAGAGAUAUUUCAAGAUAUCUUGCAAGAAGGAUCCACCUUAUUUUUCUUGCUAUGGUGAAGUACAUUGUCUUGUCCAUCCAGUGAGUGCAUACAUUAUGACUUCGUCUUGCAAAGAGAAGGGAACUCUUGAGGCUUUAGAAUCAAUGCUAACUGAGGGUACGACUGCAUGGAGAGCAGAUGGAGUCAACAAGCUUAAGCAAUUAUUAUUUCAUUUUCUCCAUAAUGAAUCUGUUAUUGACAUUGAGUAUGAGGCACAGCUCCAUAAAACUCUUUUACCUCAUAUAUCAACAUAUGAAGUAUCUAAAUUCUCAGAGAGGUUUAGCACAUCCUCUAGCUGUGUCAUUAAAACAAUAGAGCCUCAAGCAACUGCCACACUGGAUGAUCUGAAAGCUCUUGUUUUGAAGAUCAAUACACUUGAACAAGAUAAAAGUCUUCCUCCUUGGGAUGACGAAAACAUUCCAGAAGAAAUUGUUUCUGUAAAACCAAAUCCAGGGUGGACAGUGCAGCAGAUUGAACAUCAGAAUAUUGGGGCAUUUGAGUUAGUUUUAUCAAAUGGCAUGCGAGUGUGCUAUAAAUGCACUGACUUUCUUGAUGAUCAGUUUAGCGCCCCUUAUUCUAGGAAGGUCUAUUUAUACAAGGAUUGGGGGUCUGGUAAAGGCUUCCCUUCCAAUCAAAGAAGCCCUCUCACUUCCUUGAACCGUUCUGAACUGAAAUUCCAAAUCUCUUCCUCUGUCAACUGUUCAUCAUCUUCUUCAAGUUUCACCAGAAUCCCUAGACAUCAUCUUCAAGCUUCGAUCAAAACCCUAGCCAUAGCGAACAUGGAAGCCAGAGUCUGGGUACCAGAGACCACCACCAUUUGUUAGCUAUUCAUGAAGGCAUUUUAGAUGAAAUGUAUUGAAUUGUAUGGAUAGGGUUGUAAAUGGAUAACCAAAAAUUUGAUUAUCGUCUGCAUCCGGAUCCGUUUACAAGGAAAAUAUUUACAUUUGCUUAAAGUGGAUAUCAUCUGUAUCCAAUUAAGUACAUCCAAUCGG